AUGGAGAUGCUUAGUAUCGCGGGGCUUCAUAACCCCGAUGGACUAAAGAGGCAUAUGGAACAUAUGGAUAAACGAAUUGUCUCCCCCUUCGCAAGGCCUGUGGUGAACAUGAAAUGUUAUGCCUUCACCUCAAAAUGGAACUGGGCAUAUGGUCGUCUAGAUUUUCGAAAAGCGCAUUUUGCGAUCCUGGAAAUUGUGCCUAUGGACAAUCGCUCCAGUAUCUUGAAUCCAGAAUUGCGGUACUCGGCACUGCCGGAUAAUGAGCUCAUUGGCGAGUCGUUGUUUCCCAUCUUUCCAGUACUUUGGAGAGUAGACGACGAGGGUGAGAACGAUGUCCUCAUCUCGAAAGGAUGGAUAGCAGUGAAGCUCCAAUAUUAG